UUUUGAAUUUCUUCAUAAAGUACAAUUUGAAGUUGGAGUAUUGAGACGUGAGUAAUCAAUCUUUAAUAAAGGAGUGGCCAAAAAGUUAACAACUUGUUCAAAUUUGUCAUAGUAUUUGAAACAGCAAGUGAAUUAUAUUUAUUAAAAAAUGGCAUCGCCUGCACUUAAAGACCUCCCAAAAGUAGCUGAGAAUUUAAAAAGUCAACUUGAAGGCUUUAAUACUGAUAAACUAAAGAAUGCUAGUACUCAUGAAAAAAUUGUGCUUCCUACUGCCGAAGAUGUGGCCGCCGAGAAAACUCAACAAUCUUUAAUUUCUGGCAUUGCAACUUUUGAUCCAUCAAAUUUAAAGCACACUGAAACUAAUGAAAAGAACCCCCUACCGGAUAAGGAAGCAAUCGAUCAAGAAAAGGAAAAGAAUCAACUCAUUGCUGGCAUUGAAAAUUUUGAUUCUAAAAAGUUGAAACACACUGAAACGUGCGAGAAAAAUCCAUUACCAACGAAGGAAGUCAUUGAAGAAGAAAAGAAGGCUUAAAAGAAUAUCCGAUGAAGCAUUCAUAUAACUUUAUAUUGAAUGCUUAUUUUAUUACUCAUUCCUAAUAUAAAAUAUUAUUGAAAGAGACACUUCCUUGUGAGAAGAAUUUUAUAAUUUUUGCAUAUUUAUAAUAAAAGAUAAAAAUAAUAAAAAAAACA